CCUAGUAACUAUGUACACAAGUUUGAGUCGUUUCCCUCAUUACUAAUAUUUCAUUUAUUUAUUUUUAUCUCUGCUUUGAAAAUUUGAAAAUGGAAGGCCUUCCAUUUCUUCCUGGAAAUACCUUUAGAGAUCCAACGCAAAUGAAAUAUCAUGUUAGCCAAACUCUUGGAUACAAAAAUGGCUAUGCUAUUCCUAAGAGGCCAGAGGUUGGAGUAGGGGGAACGCAAUUAUUUUAUAACAAUCUCUCAGAAAGUGAACUGGAUGAGCUUGCUAACUUCAACCCAACCCUUACUUAUGGACAAGCCAAACAAGCCGCUCCAGCUGCCUUUAUUCCUGCACAUGUUGCUUGGGACAAAAAGGUGCUCAAAUUUAAUGGCUACUUUAAACAAACAGUGCAUGAAUCUCCUGAUGAGUAUUAUAGGGUUCGUCCAGUGGAUAUAUAUUAUUAUCUGGAGGAUGACAGUAUUGCAGUCAUUGAACCACAUGUAGAAAAUUCGGGAAUGCCACAAGGUAAACUUAUCAAACGUCAGAGAUUACCUAAGAAUGACCAAGGUGAUACAUGGCACUGGAAGGAUUUGAAUCUUGGCAUGAAUAUUGUCUUCUAUGGAAAAAGUUUUCAUAUCACCAACUGUGAUAAAUUUACUAAGGAUUUCUUAGAAAGUGAAGGUAUUGAGAUUAAUGAAGCAGAAUUCAUUCCCACUGACCCCUACAUUCAGAAGAGAGCAGAUGCUGUGGCACUGAGGACUUAUACCACCCAGUCAGCAUUUGAUAAGCUUAAACAAUUCAAGGAGCUAGAUCGCAAAGUACUGAGAUUCUACUGUGUAUGGGAUGACAGAGACAGCAUGUUUGGAGAGAUGAGGCCUUUCCUUCUACAUUACUAUCUUGUUGAUGACACUUUAGAAAUUAGAGAGGUUCAUACUCCCAACGAUGGCCGUGAUCCUUUUCCAGUAUUAAUUGGUCGCCACAAAGUUCCUAAAGAUAGGUUCAAUGUUCCAGCUGCCUUCCCUGGUGCCGUCUUAGAGCUAACAGAUCAGGAGAUUAAAAAUUAUUUCACACCUAAAGACUUUCAGAUUGGUAAAACACUUCAGAUUUAUGGAAGAAGGUUUUUAAUUUAUGACUGUGAUAAUUUCACCAAAGGAUUCUACUACAAUCACUUUGGCAUUACAAACUUUGACCCAGUGGAAGUCAAAGGAGUAGCCAAGACACUUCCAAAAAUGGAAAUAGCAGAAUAUAACAAUUUUGGCUCACUUGAAGACUCUCUGCAGUCAUGCAACAGCCUUGUGCCACAACCUGCUAAGAAAGAUUUCAUCAAAAUGUUAGAGAAUGAUCAUAAAGAACUUAGAUUUGAAGCUAUAAUGAUGCCUGGAUGUAAGGACACCAUGAGAGCAGAAGAUAGAGGGCGCCGCUUCAUCAUCUCUUAUCGCCUGGCAGAUGAUAUGAUCACUAUUUUUGAGCCCCCUGUCAAGAACUCUGGUAUUAUAGGUGGAAAAUUUUUAGAGAGGACAAGAGUGGCCAAGCCAGGCUCAACAUUAGAAAAACCCCAGUAUUAUGGUCCCCAGGACUUUUACAUUGGGGCAGUCAUUGAAAUUUUCAGACAUAGAUUUAUUAUUACCAAUGCUGAUGCCUAUGUUUUAAAAUACAUUGAAGACCAUAAAAGCCAAUUUCCUGACCAAAUGUAUAUGUCUAUAAAAGAGAAAGUUGGAGAGUACCCAGGUCCAAAAGAAAGUGUGAAAGGAGGACCAAUGAAAGUUCAAAGACAACCUGGUGACCUUGAGAACAUGGUCAGACAAGUGAAAGCCCAGUUGAAAAAGCUGUCCAUCACAGACAAAUCUCGGAUUGAUGAGAUGUUCCUCAGGUACAACAAUGACCGCACUGGCUACAUAGAUAUCAACAAUCUAAGAGACCUAUGCAAAAGACUCCAGUUACCCAUUGAUCAAGAUGUCCUUGAAUCUGUUAUAUGCCAGAUCACCUCUCAUCCUGAAGGCCACAUUAGUUUAGAGGAAUUUCGUGAGUUUGUUGAGAACUGAUUGACCAACUAGCGCAGAGUAUUUGAAUGAACAACUGCUGAAUAUUUUGUAUCAAGUUAUUUCAACUUUUUUGCUGCGACAAAAAAAAUAUGCAAACAAUGAUUAUGAUUUAGUUAGUGUAAAUAGGUUUGCACUUUUAAAGAAAUCUAAAAAUUAAAAAAAAAAAAAAAAAAAAAGGGAGAAAA